GGUUGGCAAAAGACUACCCCUCUCCCCAUGGUCACCCCACGGCCAAAUCCCUGUCCAUUUGAUGCUGCCUUUGACGGGCACGCACUGCCAGCCGCCGUGGGCGCCGCCAUGAUUUGAACGCAACAACAAAAACAACGGUAUAUGUCUCCGCCAUCAUACCUGACUCUUUCGACUCUGAAAUUUUGAAAAACAAAUCCCCUGCGCUUUUUUGUGUGUGUCUCUGUGUUUCAGAGAGAGAGAGAGUGCGUGUGUGUGUGUCUGUGCGCGCUCGCCGGCGGAAAGAAAGGGACAAUGGAGGUGAGAGCUAGAGCGCCCGGGAAGAUCAUCCUCGCAGGCGAGCACGCCGUCGUGCAUGGAUCCACCGCCGUGGCAGCUGCCAUAGAUCUCUACACCUACGUUUCUCUUUGCUUUCCUGAGAAUGAUGAUACACUGAAACUCCAGCUCAAGGACAUGGCAUUAGAAUUUUCAUGGCCAGUUGGAAGAAUCAAAGAAGCAUUACCAAAUUUAGGAGGCUCUCUCCCUUCAGCACCCAUAUCAUGCUCCCCUGAGUUGAUUAGUUCAAUUACAGCUCUAAUUGAUCAACAGAAUAUUCCUGAGGCAAAAAUCGGACUUAUCUCGGGAGUAUCAACAUUUCUCUGGCUAUACACUUCUAUCCAAGGGUUUAAGCCAGCAAAAGUAGUUGUCACUUCUGAGCUUCCUCUGGGAUCAGGCUUGGGUUCGUCUGCUGCAUUCUGCGUCUCACUGUCAGCAGCUUUGCUUGCUUUAUCAGAUUCUGUAGAGCUGGAUCACAGCCACCGAGGCUGGUUAAUGUUUGGUGAGAGUGAGCUGGAAUUGGUGAACAAAUGGGCUUUUGAAGGUGAAAAGAUAAUUCAUGGAAAGCCAUCGGGAAUUGACAACACUGUUAGCACAUAUGGCAACAUGAUCAUGUACAAGUUGGGAAGUUUGGCCUGCAUCAAGUCCAAUAUGCCGCUCAAAAUGCUUGUCACUAAUACAAAAAUUGGGAGAAACACAAGGGCAUUGGUUGCUGGUGUUUCAGAAAGGACUUCAAGGCACCAUGAUGCAAUGACUGCUGUGUUUAAAGCUGUUGAUUUUAUCAGUAUGGAAUUGUCUUCCAUUAUCCAAGCACCAGCUCCAGAUGACCAUGCUACUACUGAGAAGGAAGGGAAGAUAGAAGAGUUGAUGGAAAUGAAUCAGGGUUUGCUCCAAUGUAUGGGGGUUACCCAUGCAUCAAUAGAAACGGUGCUUCAGACAACAUUAAAGUAUAAGUUAGCUUCAAAGUUGACAGGAGCUGGGGGUGGAGGCUGUGUUCUGACAUUUUUGCCAAGCCGUAUCCAUUUUCUUAUUAUGUUUGUCUGGAUUUUCUCUAUUUCCAUCUUUUAUGAUUUCUUAAUUUGCUUUAAUACAAAUGAUAUGCAUGAAAAGCUCAAAUCUUGGGAACAGUCUCCCCAAGCAUGGAGUAAGACUGCUUACACCUUGGCCUUCCUAGACCGCUGAUGGUAUAUGACCCUUGUGCACUAGGUGUCUUUCGAUUUCCUAUUUUCUUUUUGGGAGAUCUCCUUCUCUUCUCUCUCUCUCUCUCUCUCUCUCUCUCUCUCUCUCUGUGUUUGUGCACACUGCUAGCUAUAAAAAAUGAUACUAAGACCUGUCCUCAGUUACGGAAAUCCAAAAUAAUAAGGCUGGAUAGCCCAGAUUCAUUUGCCAAGACCUAGUAGUUGGCAUAAUAGGGUCAAUUGCAAGCCAAUUUAAGAAAGGAUUUGAUAUAUUGAUGCUUGGAAGAAAUAUUUUUAAAGUUGCUUAAGGCAAUUUCGUGCAAGAGAUUAAUGAUUGGGUUCUGCUAGAACAUAUGCCAAAGAUGGUGGACAAGAGAGUUGAGCAAGAAGUAUUUAGAUGAUUGAGCUCUUGAUCCAAGUCCAGUUUUUUGUGGCAACCAUUUCAUAAGUCACACGUGUAGCUCAUCACAGGUAGUCUUGAAAUGGGUUUUGGUGUACAGCCAAAAAAUCUUCUAUAGACUACAAGUUGACUGAGUCAUCUAAACUUGUGUGUCAUACUUGCGUCAGCUGAAAAUAUAUUUUCAGAGACUAAUAUUCAUUUCCUUUAAUAUCAUAUGUUUCCUUGACUACAUGAAUCAGAGGUAUCAGGAGCAGUUGUUGAUAAGGUCAUCGCAGAGCUUGAGUCAUGUGGAUUCCAGUGUUUCAUUGCCGGAAUUGGAGGGAAUGGUCUUGAAAUUAACUUUGGUGGUUCAUCGUGAUUUUCUAGGGACAGUAAUGAACCACUGUAAGAUUUGAUGUUUAAACGGCUAACAAUAUCCAUAAAAUGUUCCCUAUUGCUGCCGUAUCUUUGUCUGUUGUUCACUUGUAAUGUAUGUACAUUAGUUUCAAUGUUGUGCUUUCUUAGUUCACUAACUUUCAAAUAAUUUUUGGAAUCAUGGGUAUUUGCUACAUUGUAUAAUAUGCAUGAUUUUUAAGGUUUGUUGAUAAA